AUAUAUAUAUAUUAAUAUAUAACGUGUCGAUAGCGUUACAACCGAAACAACUACCAAAAAAAAAAAAAAUCUUCAACGGAUCCAUUGGUCAAUCAACUGAUGUCAUCGACAACUAAGACAACAACAACAACACCGACGACGACAACAACGAUGUCAUGGUUUACGUGUCUGACAUGUCGGGUUAGUCUGGCCACUGGCGACGAUCAGCGCCGGCACUAUAAAAGCGAUUGGCAUUCGUAUAAUUUGCGGCGAAAGUUGGCCCAAUUGCCAGUGGUUACCAGCGAACAGUUUGACCGCAUCGAAGAAGUUCACCGAAAUCGCGGCGACGGCAGCAGUGGUGGUGGUGGUGGUGGCGGCGGUGCCGCCGAUGACAACGAAUCGACGGCCAAACGAUCGGCGUCGUCGUCGUCACAGCUGUAUUGCCAGUGUUGUGGCAAACAGUUUAGUACCGAUAAAGCGUUUGGCCAACACUUGAAUAGCAAAAAACAUUUACAACAACAACAACAACAACAAUCAUCGGUAAAUCACAACAACAAUAACAAGCAAUCGGCGAUUAUUAGUCUACCCGAUGAUGAUAGUGACAAAAAAGCCGAUGAUUUAAUUGCGGCGGCGGCUGCGGUGACGGCCAUGAGUACCACGAAAGCCAUGGAUCAAACAGUAGUGACGGCCAACAAACACAUAGAUGAUGUUGUCGUCGAUGAUGAUGAUGAUGACGACGAGGACUGGGAAAGUGUCGACAGCGGCGAUGAUGAUGACGAUGACGACCAAACAGAUGGUCAACCGAUUAGGCCGAAUGAAUGCCUGUUUUGCCAACACUCUAGUCUGACCAUCGAAGACAAUAUGUCCCAUAUGUCGUUCAGUCAUUCGUUUUUCAUACCAGACAUUGAGUUUGUCCGCGAUUUGGUUCCGUUUAUCGAAUAUCUGGGCGAAAAAGUCGGUUACGGACACUAUUGUCUCUGGUGUUGCGAUUCGGGUAAGCGUUUUCGAUCGGUACGAUCGGCUCAACAGCAUAUGCAAGACAGAGGACACACCAAACUAAAUCAUUCGACCCGUUAUUUACCCGAAUAUUCCCAGUUCUAUGACUAUACGAAAAGUUAUCCCGAUUAUGAUGGCAGUAAACAACUGGUGACCAUUGAUGAUGAUGACGAUGAAGUAGUUAUACCGCAUAUCGACGACAGUGACUGGCAAUUGGCACUACCGUCCGGUGCUGUUAUUGGCCAUCGAUCGUUGUUUCGCUAUUAUCGGCAAAAUUUGAAACCCAUAACCGAUACGCCGGCAAACAAGUCGUCGUCGUCGGCAGCUAUUCUCGACAAAGUUAUGACCAAAUAUCGGGCACUCGGCUGGACUGGUAGUACGGGUGAGGCCAGCAUACAGAGGGCCAGAGAUGUCCAGUUUGUUCAGCGAAUACAGCGAAGACAUGCCCUAAAAAUGGGCCAAAAGAACAAUAAGAUUCUUCAGAAACACUUUAGAAAUCAAAUUUUAUUUUAAAAAUUUCAGAUUUUGUUUGUUUUGUUGUUCAUAUUUUUAACGGUAAACUAAUAACCGAUAUAUAUAUAUAUAUAUACAGUA